AUGCGUCUGGCCUGCCGCACACAUGUUCUUUCUAGUCGCUAUGUCUGGCACCGCUUUCCCGAACCUAAGGGCGCUGUUCCUAGGAUCGCUUGCUUAGGGCCUCGGUCUUUGUCUGGUACCAGCUCGAAGGCCAUCGCAGGCUCUGCGGAGGUUCAGGCGCAGGCACCCAAGCCAACAUGGGUCGACCGCCUCCCACCAAAGAUCCGACCAUAUUUGUAUCUUACGCGUAUUGACAAGCCCAUAGGAACUUUGCUGCUGUUUUACCCGUGUGCCUGGUCCAUCACCAUGGCCUCGUACGCGCUCCAGCUCCCUUUCACGACGCCUCUGAAAUAUAUCAGUCUAUUCGGACUUGGCGCUAUAAUUAUGAGGGGAGCUGGCUGUACAAUAAACGACAUGUGGGAUAGAAAUUUGGAUAAAGCCGUGGCUAGAACAAAAGAUAGACCUUUAGCCAGGGGUGAUAUCACGCCUGCUCAGGCUUUUGGUUUCCUGGGGCUCCAACUGAGUGGCGGACUCGCUGUCUUGACUCAGUUAAAUUGGUACAGGUACGAAAUCAGUAUACUUUUGGGAGCCUCUUCUCUUUCGGUUGUGACCAUCUACCCAUUCAUGAAGAGGAUAACGGACUGGCCUCAAGCGGUACUAGGACUGGCCUUCAAUUGGGGGACACUGCUUGGUUGGUCCGCUGUGGCGGGCUCUUGUGACUGGUCCGUAUGCCUCCCAUUGUACGCGGGUGGUUUUGCCUGGACCUUGGUGUACGAUACCAUAUACGCCCAUCAGGAUAAAACGGACGACAUCCACGUAGGUAUCCGCUCUACAGCUCUCCUGUUUGGUCCCUAUACUCGGCCGCUCUUGACUGGCCUUUCCCUGUGUUCUCUCUCGUUGAUAACUUACGCCGGCUACCUGAAUGCGCACGGGCCCUUAUUUUAUACCGGAGUAGGCUUGGCUGCUACUCAGUUGGCUUGCGUCCUAUAUCGGACAGACUUCGACAAUAGGCCGAGUUGUUGGAAAGGCUUCGUUGGUUGUGGAUGGGCGGGUUUCUGGGUAUGGAUGGGAGCGCUUGCUGACUAUGCUAUGUUGUUCGCGUGA